GCAUCUCGCGGUGAAAUGGGAAUAAACGGAUUGCUGCAGUACUAUGCAGCCGAGCGCAACCAGAGUAACGCUUUAUCGUGUAUCGCGAGCUCCCCAGCAAACCUUCCUUCUCUCGAAGCUCUCGAGUUACUCGUCCUCGGCCUUUCAUUCGCAAACGUUUCAUGCACGAUGGAGCGAUUUGACCAAUAUGAGAGCAGACGGCCCCCUGGCCCUCCAUGGAGGGCCCAAUACCUUCCUGACGUUGGCUCCGAAGACCGCGACGGUCGUAUGUAUGAAGACCGAUCGCGAUCUCGCUCACCUGAAGGUUCCUCCAACCCCCGCGCUCCUCACGCAUCCUCCCGAUACCACGAUCGCCCGCGUGAGUACUCCCGGGGCCGAGAGCCCCGAUCGGACUAUCGAGACCGAGAUCAGGGAUAUGAUCGUCACUGGCGGUCUCGCUCACCUUACCAGCGCGGCAGACAGCCAUACAGUGACCGCGAUCAUGAUCAGUAUCGCGCACCCCGACGCCACAGCCGCCCACGAGGCGAGCUGCACCCAGGCGCAGAAAACACAGUGAUCAUGAUGGAGGGCGUUCCGAGGGAUAUGACCCAGGAUGACGUCUUCGAAGAGCUCAAGGCGGCUUACGCCCCAGACAUUGCAGAGCUCGAAGAUGUUCGUGUCAUCCGGGACAGGCAAACAGUUGUUGUGUUCACAGGGACAUCUCGCGGGAUUGGCUUUCUUGAAUUCCGUGCCAUCGAGGAGGCGAAGAAAUUUAUGCAACGCCAUCACCCUUACAUCUACCUGUACGGUCCAACAGCCGGGCAAAAUGACCGCGCUUCCAGGGUCCGUAUCAUGUACAGUCGCGAUCGGGGCCACCCACAUGCGAAGGGCAGUGGUGACUGGACAUGCCGCAUGGAUGGCGCUGUCAAUCGUGCAUUCCGAAUGACAUGCUCACAGUGCAAUGCUCCCCGUCCAGGUAAGUCCAGCCACGAAGCACGUCAUGACCAUGACAGACUGGAUUCUAAAUGGCAUCCACGUGCAGACAUGUUCCCCGCUUCUCAACCUUGGGUGUUCCCCAACUUGCAUGAAACGAACAGGGGCUCCAAUGACACCGACCCUCGGAAUCAGCCGUCGCAGUACAUCAUCAUUCGCGAACUUCAACCAAAUGUGGAUGAGAAACUUCUUGCCAAGGGCGUUGCCAAACUGUGUCGCCCGGCGUCUGGUGAUUCUGCGAGUGCCCGGGAGACGACCGAGGGAGUUGCAUCAACGACUAGGGAUACCAACCUGGGAGCCCGUCAAGGCUCUCUCCGUCGCGUCCUGCUAGUGCGGGAUCGCGCAACAGAUGAGAGUUGGCGCUAUGGGUUUGCAGAAUUUGCAAGUGCAACUGACGCACAGGAUGCGAUGAACAGAUUACCAUCGUUCGAAACAUUCACCAUUUCUUCCCACAAAGUCCAAGUCAACUUUCCACACUCUGGUGUUUUUGUCCCGGUCCUGGUCCCAGACCGGCGUACGGAGCAAUUCACCUUCAACCCGCUCGCUGAUAAGUCUAAGCACCUCAUGUACUAUGAUGACAGGGCCUACCUGAAAGAAAUGGUGGUGACACGUCCCGAGGAUGACCCCGCGACUGAACAAGCGAAGAACGACAAUGCAGCCGGGGUCGCCCAAGACGGUCAAUCCAAGAAGAGCAUCGACAAGCCCAAGAAGAAAAAGGGCGAUGCUACAACUGGUGCGAGCACUAAGAAGCCCGCCGGCCCGCGUCUAAUGCAAUUCUGGAAUAGCCGUCAUGCUGAGCUCCACGGCCUCGCCCAGGAUAAUGAAAACGAGCCUGAGGGCAAGCCCGAAGACCUCCCUACUCAGUCAUUUGCCGAUUCUAAGCGCAUGUGCUGUUGGUUAUGUAAGGUGGGGGGCUUCAGCAACCAAAGACAGCUUACUCGUCACGAGGAGAGCCAAGUGCACCUGGAAAAGCUCAAGAACAAGGACGCCGUUGCCGAAGGUACUCGGCGUCUUGUCUCGCUACGCGUCAUUCCUCCAGCCCGUGACUUCCCUCAUCAGUCCUUCGCCGACCCAGAGCAUUACAUCUGCCUCCUGUGCACCCGGCAGUUCCAAAGCAUUGAAGAGGUUACCAUUCAUGAACAAUCCAGCGAAUUACACGUGUCAAACCUGAAGGAUGAAGCACUAGUCGCCAAGGCCAUGGAAUCUCUCAAAAGUUUCGGCCUUCUCAAGCCUGCACCCGACUCUGAGUACCGUGACCGUGCCCGAGAACGUCGUCAGGCCUAUGGCACAGACCAGGGCAAGUCCAAUGCAGCUCAGCGGAAGCCAGUAGCUCCGACGUCGGAGGACGAGGCACCGGUGCAGACCACGUCCAAGGGUGCGUCCAUGCUGAGCAAGAUGGGUUGGUCAGAGGGCUCUGGCCUAGGUGCUCACGGAACCGGGGCUACAGCUCCCAUUGCUACGGAACUUUACGCCCAAGGCGUCGGACUGGGUGCCCGUGGCAGCAAGAUCGGGGACGCGAGUGAAGAAGCUGCCCGGAACACUCGGGGUCGCCCUGACGAGUUCCUCGCGAAAACGAAGGAGAAUGCCCGCCAGCGGUUUGAUGAAAUGAAUCGCUGA